AUGCAAUUAUUCCUAACCCUCUGCGUCCUCGCAGUGAGCUGUGCCAUCCGCGCACUGAAGGAUGGUAUUGGUGGAGCUUCAUCUAGCACAUCUUCGUAUGUCGAUCCUGAGUCCUACAUCUCGGAGGAUGAGGCAUCAAGGAGCGGCGUUCUGACUCUCUUCGAGGACAUAAGAAGACUUGGUGAAGAUUGCCCGGUUCUCGGUGUUGUGGGCUCUUUCUUCCACCGACUCAAGGUCAUGAGUGAUGAUAUGUUGGUACGUGCCAUCAGGAUACGGCUCAGCAUACUACUUUCGCGGUGCAUUCCAUUGCUCACUCAGCCUGGUGGAGAGCUUGCUCAUGUUCUGAAGUGGUGGAUGGUCGGAUGCGAAGAGGAAAAGGUGGACGAAGGUGUGCUAAAUAAACUUUUUCCGCAUCUGGGGAAUCGAUGGAACAGUUAUGGUCGCCAUAAAGUCAUAUCAGAGUCCUUCUCCGGAUUGCAGUUUAUCAACGACUACACCUACAGCUGUCUCAAAAUACAGCAUCCAUCGUGGUCAUGGAAGCGUCGUUCGAAGAACCUCUACUACUCGAUCGACAAUGGUUCCUGGUCUAGGAUCUUCGCCGAGCUGCGCCGACCGGGUAUCUCUGGCGAAUAUGGUAUGUGCCAAGGCACAUUUGUGAGUAUGACGAACUUCGAAGUGCAGGGCAACUAUCUGGAAGCCCUCACUAGCUUCGUCUUGCCACACCUAAGGGAUUGGACAAGCUUACUGCUCAUCUACGCUCUGGCGAUCCGCAAAAUGCAUGAUCCAUCCUACCUCGAUGGUAUUGCAGACUACUUCCAGAGCGUGGCCGGCGGUAAGGGCAACUUGCGGCAUCUGGCUGACCCCAAGUCUAGUACCGCCAAUGAGCAGCAUGAGCAGUCGUGGAAAGAGAAUCUUUCCCAG